AUGUCGCUGAUAGUGGAUCUUUGGAUUCCCUUGAGUUUGAAAGAGUGCUAUGGCAUAUACUCAGUUGAUUCUGCCAUCUUCUUCGAGACUAUGUUUCCAAGUAGUGAAUUACUUGUUCCUGAUGGUGUUCGCGCCAAGUAUAUAUAUAUCGAUCUAGUAAAAAUUCAAGCUCUUCUUGGACCAAUACUGUCCCCCAAACGUCUUCGUUACUCCCCGUUUCCGCUCUAG